UAGAGAUGUCAGCGGUACGCAGAGCGUAGGGCAAGGAGCUGGCUGGACCGCCAUCGGUGGCUCUGCACAGUCUUCUUCCCAGUGGAGAUCCAGUGUAGUUUACAACAUCAUUCCUCCCAUCAUCUGCUUAAUGCCUGCAACAACCACCCUGUGAGGCAUGGGAAUCGGAUAAUAAGCUCCAGCAUGGAAGGCAAAGGGCCUUAUCGCAUCUAUGACCCUGGUGGGGGAACACAGGAGGAAGCAGCUGCUGCCUUUGAUCGGCUGGUAGAGGAAAAUACCAAGCUGAGGGAAAAGAUGCAAGGGAUAAAGUCGCUAGGUAACGGAGAACUGCUGGAACAGUCUCAGCUGGAAGCAUCCAGACUACGACAGAAGGUGGAAAAUUUAGUGAAGGACAAUGAAAUGCUGAGAUCCACUUCCUCUCUGGACAAAUGUACUGAAAGAACAGGAGGUAACCCAGAUCUUUGUUGUUCCCCAGUAGUUCCAGAAGAAGAUUGGAAGGAGUUGGAGCAAAACAUGCAGAAGCCACACUCCAGUGGGUCAUCAUCUGAAUUUGAAAUUGUUGGUGCUGAGGAUAAGAAAUCUUCCCAGGAGAGCAGCAAGAAGUCGGACGUAGAGCCAUUUCAUAACGAGGACAGCAAUCUUAUGCUCCACCUUCAACGCCUGGAGAGCACACUCAGCCUCUUUGCUGAGGAGUCAGAUAAAAACCAGCUCUUUGCCCACCUGGGUCGGAUGGCUCUGGAGUUCAACCGCCUGUCCUCCAAGGUGCACAAGAAUGAACAGAGAACAUCUAUUCUUCAGGUCCGAGGGCUGCUGGCAUUAUGUGAGCAGUUGCGGAAUGAGAAUGAAGAGCUGAGAGCAAAGUUGGAGAAGGAACUGGAUCAAAGGAACCACGCUUCGGAAAAGUUAAAGUGUGAAAAUCUGGAGCUGAGGAAGAUUGUGAUGAUGGGCAGCAAAGAAGACAUGAAGGGGGAAGGCACAGAAAAUGCAGAGCAGCAGCAGAAAGGAACAGUUUUGGAGAAAGCAGCAGGAAAAAGCUCUUUGGGGACAAGUGAGAAGAAAGUGAAGAUACUUGAGCACCAGCGCAAUGAGCUGCUGGAAGUGAAUAAGCAGUGGGACCAUCAUUUCCGGUUCAUGAAGCAGCAAUAUGAGCAGAAGGUAACAGAACUACGGCAAAAGCUUGCAGACUCCCAGAAAGCAGUAGCAGAGUUAGAGGCAGCGCGGGAACAGAAGCAGCGGGAUUUUGACCGUAAGCUUCUCUUGGCAAAAUCCAAGAUUGAAGAGGAGGAGGCAGAAAAAGAGACGUACAGCACAGAAGUAAAAGACCUCAAACAGCAGGUGAAGUUGCUGCAGGAUCAGCUGGUUCCGGUCACCAGGCAAAAGGAGUACCAGAAGGAGAUUGUUCGGCUAAACAAAGCCUUAGAAGAGGCCCUGAACGUCCAAGCCUCUGCAUCUCCUGCCUCUAACAGCCCAACUGAAUCCAGUCUGAGUAUCCGGCAGCAGGAGGUGAUGACCCAGAAUGAGCUCCUGAAGCAGCAGGUAAAGAUCUUUGAGGAGGACUUCCAACGGGAACGGAGUGACAGGGAGAGGAUGAAUGAGGAGAAGGAAGAGCUGAAGCAGCAGCUGGAGAAGCUUCAGAAGCAGUUAAUGCAUACAAGCAAUCAGUUGCGGAUCUCUAAAGAGGAUUGCCAGAAAGAGAAGGAGGAGAAAGACAAGUUCAAGAAACUGCUCAAACAGUACAAACAGCAUUCGGGUGACAGAUUGCACCCAGAGCCACAGCCAGGACCAGUUGCCCCAGUCUACCCUAUGUACCAGUUCCCAUGUAUCCCUCCAGUCCCACCACAUGUGUACCAUGGUUAUGAAGACUGGCAACAGAUCCGUUACCCACCAUCAACAAUACCAAACGAGCGCCCUCCCGUUCAGAAUUUCCACCGUUUCCCUCCUAAUAUACGUGGGUUCCCCCAUGCGUCAUAUCACAAAAUCAGAAUUCACAAGCAGUGGACAGUGCAAAACAGCUCCCAAAGGAAUCUGAUCCUACAGGUCUUGGGCUGCCCAAAAACCAAAGGCCCACAUAACUCCGUGGCAAUGGCAGGGCAGCAUCAGAAGACAACUUGUGACAUGCACGUGAACCUGCAUAUCCAGGUGGCCUCCUUGUGCUUCUGGACACAGAUCACUGUUUGUGUAUGUGGAAUAUAUACGCUUGGGACAACAGCAGCUUCACCUGGAUUUUCUGAAGACAUGCAGCACAUGCGGCUGAAAAGUGGUCAGUGGCUCAGAGUUUUGGGAAAUUGCUGGCUGAGGAACCUGCCUGUGUGGCUUUCUCCUGGCAUUUUGGAUCAAGAACUUGCCAUUGCAAAGGAGUGGCCAGCAGCAAAUGGUGGGAGCACCCUAUAUCCAACAGAGCCUAAAUAUAGCUGAUUUCCUUGCAAUAUGAUGGUUUUAAAUACAUGAUGUAGCAUUGGCAUUUAUUUACAGCAGAAAUAUUCUGUAUGCAGGAAAACUGUCCUUUAUUGUGGCUAAAUGCCUGGACAGACUAAGGACUCAAAAUCUUUGGAAGGAAACAACAACAAAAAAAUGAAAUUGAAUCCCUGUCUCUAAUGUAUAAGAAUAAAAGUGAAAAGUACCUUCUUCACUAAUCUCAUUUUUCAGAACUUGGAUCUAGUCCAGUGAUUUAGCCAAAAUAAAAGUUGUUUGAUUCUCCACUGAAGACGGCUGCACAAGAUUUAAACUAAUUCUUGUUCCUCUACAGCAUCUACUUUUAUAACAUGGCAGCUUCCGCCUGUUUCUCUUAUUGGAGGGUCUCAUGAAGUAGCAAUGGUUUCUUUAAAGGCUGUGGUGCAGGAGUAGCCUGGAAGGUUCUGCUUCUCAGCUUCUCUCCUGCAUAGGGAUGGCCACUGUUGUAGAAAGAAUGCAGGACCAUCUCAGUCUUUAGCAAGGUGGAUCUUGUUUCCUCAUGACAGAGCAAAUGUAAUAAUGAAAAACGUUGAUCACUGGAUCUUGCAAACAUUCUCUGAGAAUGAUGGUGGGCAAGCUGGAGACAGGUACCAAUGAAAGGUCUUGGUGCACUUUCAGUACAUAAAAUCAAUGAGUAAAUGGAAUGUAAUCCAUUUUGGCUAUAACUAGGUAACAUACAGUGCAAUCCCAAGAUCACUUUCCUGGGAGUAAGCCUCAUUGAAUUGACUUGAGUAGGAUUCUGAGUAGCCCUGCUUAGGAUUGCUCUCCAAAUUACAAGAGGUAUUACUGACAUGGUCACCACUGGUUACAAGGGUCAAGCGAAAGCUUGUGUGGUCACAAAACAGCUUGGAUAUGAUCACAGGAGAGCUUUCUACCAGCAUUCCUCAUGGCUCCCUCUCCAUUCUGCUGAUCAUCAAGGCUGGUUACUCCAGUAAAACCAAUGAAUACUUGUGGAAACUGAAAAGUUUUGGGGUAAGAGAGGGGUUUCUUUACAGUGCACAUGAGUGGAAAAGGAACAACAGGAAUGUGAUUAGUUGUCAAAAGAGAGCACUGAAUUAUUAGGGGUGCCGAGAGAGCAUGGGGAAUAGAUAGGAUAUGGAAUGUGGGAAAAGGUGUAUAGAAAAUGGUUAGUUGGAAAUACGGUAGUUAAUUCACAGAAGAUGGGGAGGAAGCAGCACAAGUGGGCAGAGAUGAAGGAUGGACAAGCCUGUAGGUUGAGUGAAAACUUUAAAACACUUGCUUGACCAGGUUUCUGAACAUCUCUGUUCCACUGUAUCAUGGUCCGUAAUGGUAUCCUUCAUUUCCACAUUUCCCUGACACUUAGAGUUGCUAGUUUCAAACAUGACUGCUCCAAGGGAUUGCUGUUUUUUUUUCUUCAUGAUCUGGACAGUUAAUUUGUUGUGUACAAUCUUCAAUGUGAGUAAUGGUAGGGAUGGCAUAAAAUGCUGGAUAUUAGUUGAAACGGUUAGAAAUUAAAAUCUAUUCUUGUUUGAAACUAGAAGUGAUAUUCUCAAAUAAACAGCCGUAAAACUCUUUAGAGAAGCAGUCCUUUUUGGUAAUAACCACAGAAGAAGUUCCGUUUCUCAUUAGUUUCAAACAAAGAAAAAAUAAUAAUCCCCAAGGACAAAUUCAUUCAGCGCUGAAAAUGUGUAAAUUAUCUGUACAAUGAGCUCACAUUAUUAUAGAAAAGUAUAUUAUUAUAAUUACAUAGUGGAUUGUACCAUAGAAAGAGGUGAGGGAAAGAAAGAAGAGUAUUGACUCUUGCCUGCAUCUCUGAAUAGAAACAAUAUUUCCUGUAUAUUUAAAGGGACUCUUGGUGUGCAUUGCCACUGUGUUCAGACAUGCUAAUAUUUUUGCUAGCUAAUCUUACUAUUUUGUGAAAUGUGUAGAGAUACAUAGAAAUGAACCUAAGUACAUCCUUUUGUACAUUUUAGGCAUUUGUUUAUGCAAAAUGGUCUUAAUUAUAAAUAUGUUUGAUUUGAUUUUAUCCUUAAUAAAGUAUGAAUUUUUCCAUACGA